CGCUGCACUCGCUACCGCGCAAAUGAACACGACAAACGGCAUUGGCAGCACGCCGACACAGCGCCACGUGAUCUCUGCCGACCAAGCGCAAACCGCCAUCAAAGCCGCCAUUGCAAACGCCACAUCGCUCCAGAUCCCGGAGAACAUUGCCGUCGUCGAUCCCGCAGGCAUGCUCGUCGCCUUCCACCGCAUGGACAACGCGUACAUCGGGUCCAUCGACAUCAGCCACAAGAAGGCGCGCACCGCCGUGCUCUUCAACGGCAUGACUACCGCAGACCUGUAUGCUGCGGUCCAGCCUGGCGCCCCGCUUUACGGUGUUGAAAACACAAAUGGAGGGCUCGUCGUGUUUGGCGGCGGUCUGCCCGUGUACCUUGAUGGACGGCUGAUUGGCGGCGUGGGCGUCAGUGGCGGAAGUGUAGACCAGGAUUUGAGCGUGGCUCAUGCGGCGGUUAGGGCGCUCGGCGCUGCGGCUAAGGCGUAGAAUGCAUAGGCAGUAGUGUAGACUGUAGGAAGGUUUGUCGGCGCCUUUUCAAAAUAGGAGAUGUGGCGCUGGGGUGUGGCGAGGCAUUCUGUAAAACGGUUGUUUCA